UGUAAUUUGCAGACGCUCCCAGGCCGGGCCAGAGAGAACGUCCUUCAGGGCCGGUGCCAGUGCCCAGCGCAGUGGUUAUCCACGCCCGGCGCUCACCAUGCCGAACCGGGGCCCAGACGCCCAGCCCGAUUUCUACCGCGACACGUGGGUGCGCUACCUGGGUUAUGCCAAUGAAGUGGGAGAAGCCUUCAGAGCUAUGGUGCCCCCUUCUGUGGUAUGGCUGAGCUAUGGGGUGGCCACCUCCUAUGUGGUGGCCGACGCGGUGGACAAGGGCAAGAAGGCAAGAGCUGCCUUGACAUCAGAGUCAGGCAGGACCACGAAGGUGGCAGUGGCCGUGGUGGACACAUUCAUCUGGCAGGCGCUGGCCUCCGUGGCCGUCCCGGGCUUCACCAUCAACCGUCUGUGCGCCCUUUCACACUACACCCUCAGCAGAGCCACCCGCUGGCCCCUCACUGCCCGCAAGUGGACGACCACCGCCCUGGGGCUGAUGGCCAUCCCCGUCAUCAUCCACCCCAUUGACAGGUGCUCCCCCAAGGACAGCCCUGCACCCUGUUCUGCCACCUUAAGACAUCCAGAGGGCUGUCUGCCCCCCCCCCCAGUUGGGGUUCUGGGUGAAACCACAGCUACCCCUGUGGAUCCUGUGAACGAACUCCCAGUGUCUCCUGCUCUGAAGUCCCAGCCUGAGCCCUACGCCUGAGGCGGGGAGGGAGAGGUGCACCCUGGGAAGGGGAGGGGGCACCAGAGCAUCGAGGUGGGACCCACCCCCCGCAGCACCCAGGUAGAAUUGACCAGGAACCCGCUCUGAGCCGCGUCUGAGAAAUAGUCAGAAUUAGAGUCCAGAGCUGGAAGAGAUCGAGAACAGAGAACAUCAGAGCCAGAGAGGCCCUUAGAACAUAGAAUGUCAGGGCUGGGAGGCCCUUAGAACCGGGCAAAGAGAAUCUUAGACCUGGGUGGGACCCUAGACUGUGGGACAUGGAACAUCAGAGCCAAGAGGGACCCCAAAGCAGAAUAUCCAACCCGGCAAGAGCUUCAGGUUUUGGUUGUAUUUGAACCCCGAGCACGCAGCACAGUGCUAGGCAUAUACUAAGUGCUGAAGAGAGAAUCACAGCUAGGAAGAGAAUGGAGGAGCACAGCCAGCCCGAGCCUAUCCUCUGAAAGGAAGUGUCCCCAGGGAGAGGCAGGGGCCGGCACGGGGGCAGCUGAGUCACAGUGGCAAAGCCCCCAGAGGCAGAAGCAUAGCGUGGAGGAGCAGCUAUUGCAUAGAGAUAACCUAGAGGAAAUAGGGAGCCACUGCAGGUGAUUGGCUAGGGGAGUUACCUGGUCAGAUCUGUGCUUCUGGACAGUGUGAUGGACAGGUGACAGUGAAGAGGGGUUGAAGCAGGGAAACCAUUCGCAGACCAGGGCAGAGGGGCUGAGGGCCUGGUCUUAGGGAGCGACUGUGGAAUGGAGAGAAGAAGGGAGGAGAGAGAGUUCAUGGAGGUGGAAGGGUAAGAGCUGCACAGCGAUUGCGGUAACGAGUUCAGUUCUGGACACACCGAGUUUGGGAUAUCUAUGGGAGUGUUCAACAGGCAAUGGGUGAUGCAGGGCAGAAAACUCAAGGGAGAGACUGAGGCUGGAGAGAAACAUGUGUCUGCUAGUCAUCUGUGCACCCAUGGGAGCUAGUGAGGUUAUCCAGAGAGGCAGAGAGAGAGAGAUGAAAGAGACAGGGAGAGAGGGAGGGAGGAGAGAGAGAAGGAGAGAG